UACUAUAUAGCUGGGACCUACCUUUGCACAAAUCAAUCUUAUCACGGAGACAUACGGAAGCCCGAAUAUCAAUCUUAGGAUUAUAGUUUCUGUCUGUCUAAAAAAAAAAAGGAAAAAGAAAACGUAAAUUUGACCAAUGAAACAUAAAGUAAGCCGGGGUACUUAGAUAUUUACCACAACAACUUUUAAAAAAAAAAGAAAAAUAUCUAAAUAUAGAGUCUAUACAUACACAUAUAUAGCCCAUAGUCGCUCUCUAAGAGAUAUUAAUAUGUACAGUACUGUAGUUGGUAAAAAUUGUCGUGCCAUGCCUAGGAACAGGGAUCCUCUGGUUGUUGGGCGUGUCGUGGGCGAUGUUUUGGAGCCCUUCACCAGGUCAGUUGGCCUUAGGGUCAUCUUCAACAGCAGAGAAGUCACAAAUGGUUGUGAGUUCAGACCCUCUCAAGUUGUGAACCAACCCAGAGUUGAUAUUGGAGGUGAUGAUCUGAGGACCUUCUACACCCUUGUUAUGGUUGAUCCUGAUGCUCCCAGCCCAAGUGACCCAAACCUUAGGGAAUACUUGCAUUGGUUAGCGGACUCUCUCUCUCUUGUUCUUCAUCUUCUUGUUCUUCAGACACAAAAUAGAAAGAGAUACAGAUCUCUAUUUGAUGCGUUAUUGAUAUGCAUUAAUUUUUCCAAUAAUAUAUGUAUAUAUAAGAUAUAUUAUUAUUAUCUGCCCUUGUUUUUGUUUGAUAUGUUUGCAUCAAUUUCGAUGGUAAUUGUGCCUUAUCUCCCCCAAACUCACCCACACACAUAUGUGAUGAGGAAUCUCUUACUCUCUAAUCUAUGUGUAUGCGUGUAUAGAUAGAUAUAUAUAUAUAUGUGUAUAGAUAUCACAGAAACAAAUACAGGCCGCGUUGCUCAGUUUAUGUUAAAGCAGUCUGUUCUUCCCCCUUCUCUGUUCGAUGUCCAUCCCACUGACAAAAAAAAAUAAUAAUAAUAAAUUAAUAAAAUAAAUAAACAAAUAAAUAUCUCCAGAAGAGAGAGAAAGAAAAAUAACCCUCACGUGCCCACCACCAUCUCUCUCUAUAUGUCAGCAUAUGUAUAUAUCGUUCUCAGUCCAGAUAAGAUGUACUUUUAGCCUUGUCACUUGGUUUGUUCAGAUCCCCAAGAAAGAAAAAUUAAUAUAUAUAUAUAUAUAUAUAUAUAUAUAUAUAUAUA